UCAGGCCAGCCCAGGUAGUUGAUCAGCGGCUUCGGUGCAAGACGGUAUCACUAUGACGGUCGCAGAAAUUAAUACACAAUCGCGGAUCGCCAUUGUCGGGGGUGGUUUGGUUGGUGCCCUGGCGGCUUGCUUCUUCGCGAAGAGGGGCCACUCGAUCACAGUUUACGAGUAUCGUCCAGACAUCAGAGUCGAAGAUUCGCAAGGUCAGAGUAUCGAUUUAGCACUGUCGGUUAGGGGACGAGAGGCUUUGAGGGCGGUCGGUCUCGAAGAUGUGAUUGCCGAACGUCAUGGGAUUCCCAUGCGUGGUAGAAUGAUCCACAACAAGGACGGUACUCUCAAUGAGAUACUUUACGAUGGCGUGAAAGGAAAUUGCAUUUACUCGGUCAGCAGGAAAUACGUAAACAUAGUUCUUCUAAACGCCGCUGAGAAAUAUCCCGAAGUGACGCUCCGUUUCAAUCAAAAAGUCCUCGACGCGGAUUUGGACAAUGGGAAACUCAAAAUAUUAGACACAAAGAGCCAGAAGAUAGAAGACGUGGAAGCUGAUUUAAUAGUCGGCGCUGAUGGUGCCUACUCGGUGAUCAGGAGAACGAUGGCCAAGAGGCCGUUGUUCAAUUACAGUCAAACGUAUAUCGAACAUGGAUAUGCUGAACUGAUUGUGCCGGCCGAUAAGGAUAACAAUUUCGUAAUGACCAAUCGGGAUCUUCACAUUUGGCCACGGGGCGAGUUCAUGAUGAUAGCCCUGCCGAACGAGAAUCGCACCUUCACUGCAAAUAUAUUUGCUCCAUUUUCCACUCUGGACAAACUGAAGACCCCUAAAGAACUUUUAGACUUCUUCGAGGACCAAUUUCCAGAUUUAUUAGAAUUGUUCGGUAGGGAAAAGCUAGUGAAGGAUUACUUCGACAGGGUACCGAAGCCACUGAUCUCUGUCAAGUGCAAACCUUAUCACAUUGGUAAAUGCCUUCUGGUCGGAGACGCCGCUCACGCUAUGGUGCCUUUUUACGCCCAAGGAAUGAACACGGGGUUCGAAGACAUUUUACUACUCGACGGUUUGAUGGAAUGGUACAAUUCAGACUUUAGCAAAAUUCUGCCGAAGUUCACGGAGCUCCGGUGCGAGGACGCACACGCGAUUUGCGACCUCGCCAUGUAUAACUACGUUGAGAUGAGGGAUUUGGUGAGGAGGACGUCGUUCCGGCUACGAAAAUACCUGGACACAUUCCUGUACAAGCAGUUCCCGAACACGUGGAUACCGCUGUACAGCACGGUCCACUUCUCGCGGAUGAGAUUCCGCGACUGCAUCGCGAACAAGAAAUGGCAGGACAAGAUAAUCCGCAGGACCGUCUGGUGCAUGGCGUUCUUAAUCCUCGCCGUAAUGGUCUAUCCCUUCGUCGAAAUAACGGGGACAAGCAGUUCGCGUUAAACGGGCACAACCUCGUGGAUAUGUAUAAUUGUUUCACUCUGAAUAAAAUUAAUUACAAGUUGUAAAUUCGAGGCGAUCCUCAUUAUUGUGGUCGAUACUUAACUUUAUAAAAAUGUACAACCUUUAAUUGAUAACUUA